AUGCUCGCAAGACGAACGCCGCGAUGGUCUGCCGCACGCGUACCUACUAGACCUGCUGCAUCUGCAGCCUGUCCAGCAGCUUCCGCUUCGUAUUCGGCCUUCAAUGUCUCGCCGCACGGCACACCGAGAAUACGCCAAUAUGCCGCUUCUGUGCGUCUGCUCACAUCGUCAUCAGCCCGAGCUCUUCCCCGCCAACUUCCGCGUCGCUCAGUACAACAAGACGAAGAAAUAGAUGAAGCUUCUGGAACAGCAAGUGCCAACAGCAACAUCAGCGACGAGCUAAGCGGUACCGACCCUGCCAUUCCUUGGUUCCUGCAGACAGAAACAGUGGACGCACCGCCUUCGUCAGACUCUCAGCCCGACUUCUCGACAUCGACACGAUCGGACACGACUGCCUCUGCACUUGCCUUCUCAUACAUCCCACUCACACCUAAAGUAGAAGAACCCAAUGCCAUCGCCAAACUCAAGUCUCACCUCCUCACCGGCCCCUCUGCCAACUUGAUAGCUAGGCCCAGCGAAGACGAGGACCAGCUCACACCUGUCACCUUGAUUCACCCAGCAUCACUGUCCAAAGAUCCCAGUUCGGAUGCCUAUGGCACAAACGACUGGAUCGUGGUUGUCCAAGUGAAGAGCAGCGCAGCCGGCAGUGUUCGCAGAGUGGCACUCGAUGUCGGCCGAUUCCUCAAGCAUCAGCCACCCCCUGCAAUGGAAGCUGAGUUCAAUUUGGACGAGUUUCUGGGUCCAGGUCCUUCUGCACCACGAUACACUAAGUCCCCCUCCACACCCAAACCAGCUACGCCUGCAGCUUCACCUCGACCCAAGGGAAUGUCCAGGAUUGAGCACGAGCUAGGCAAAAGCCUCCCCGACUGGGCCGUCCACCGAAUCGCACUCCAGAAGAAGUUCCCCGACGGCUGGAGGCCGCCCAAGAUCCUUUCUCGAGAAGCCCAGGAGGGAAUCCGCCUGCUCCACUCGUCGGACCCAGAACAGUUCGACGUCGUUGAGCUCAGCAACCGCUUCCGCGUCUCCACUGAAAGCAUUCGACGUAUCCUUCGCUCGGGCAAGUGGUUCGUUUCCGGUGAAGUGAGGAGCAGACAAGACCGAAGAGCCGCUGAACGAGCUACCGAGCGCGAGGCGUCCGAACUCGCCGAGAUCCGUCGUUUGCAGGAAGAACAGAGCGAGCUGGUACAAGACGGAGAAUCGCCUGUCAUCGAAGAAGUUGACUUCUUGGAGGAGGAGGAGGACGGCGACACGCCCGGUAUCCAACCAGUACGAUACGAAGGCUUGGUCAUGUCUGCCUCAGACGCUUCCGCGCUCGGUGUGACGAGCAAGAGCAAGACCGGUGGCAAAAAGGGCGACGGCAACUGGUGCCUCGUCGAUGCCGAUUGGUGCAUGGUGCACGUCAUGACCGAACAGGCUCGUUUCACGUAUGACAUUGAAGGCAUCUGGCGCGAACUCGAGGUGGGUGCAACCGCGAAAUCCAAGCCUUGGGAGGAAGCUUCCUCGUCGUCGUCCUUCGGUGGGCCAUUGGCCGCGGCCGAGUCUAGACCGUCUAGACCGAGGACCAAGAGGGACAUGUUUGGAGAGAACCUGGGCAACCGCACGCGCAAUACCGGUGAUGGCGCAGGCAGCGCAGGUGCAAAAUUCGGCAGUUCCAGUAGGAAAUUUUCCACCAGCACCAUCAGACGUGCUGCAGCGGCAUCGUCCUCUGCAACCACUGUAGUUCCGGAAAGCCUCGAACAGCUGCUUUCGCGCGUGCAGCGAACUUUUCAGUCCGGCUCCUCAGACCCUGUCCCUGUCGACGUCAAAGGUUGGCUCCGGUCCACCCGCAAGCAAAAAUCCAUCACAUUUCUCGAACUCUCCGACGGCUCUCUCAGCGGUUCUCGCUCCCUGCAAGCCGUCGUACGCAGCUCUAAAGACUCCCCAUCAUCCGAGAUCGACCGUCUAGCCGGUCUUACUGUCGGAACGGCACUCCACCUGACUGGGCACCUGAAGCCGGGACGCGGGACGAAGCGCGGACAAGAAGUCGAGUUGGAUGCUACGGCCGUGGAAGUGCUUUCGAACUGUGACCUGAGCUAUCCGUUAGCGGCGGUGCAGAUGCAACACAAUAGCACGGCGGUCGAGCAGGGUGGGUAUUCUGCAUCGCUUUCUGAGCGUCGGAACCCUCACCUUCUCGGUAGACUGCCUCGCUACGCCGCAGUAGCGCGGACACGACAACGACUGGAGCAGGGCAUGGGCGAAUACCUGACGAGCAACGAUUUUGUCAAAAUCGCAUGUCCUAUCCUCACCAGUAGCGACUGCGAGGGGGCGGGGGAAGUGUUCCAGGUCGUAGCGGACAGCGAUGUUCGCUCAGCACAGGCGUUGACGUCGUUCUGGUCGGGGUCGUCGGCGUACUUGACCGUGUCUUCGCAGCUGCACCUCGAAGCGGCUGGUUUGGGAUUGGGCAGGGUGUGGACGUGCAACCCUGCUUUCAGGGCCGAGGGAAGCGCUACCAAUCGUCAUUUGGCGGAGUUCUGGAUGUUGGAGGUCGAAAUGUACUUUACGGACUUGAAAGGGAUCCUGGAUGCGACGGAGGGCAUGAUUCGGGCUGGUAUCCGUUCAGCGUUGAAGGGUGCGGAGGAUAUGGAGCUGUUGGCGGAUGAAGAUCAUCUCAAGAUGCUGCGAGGAGUCAUCGAUCGCGAAGGAACGUGGCAACGGAUUACCUACCAGCAAGCGUUUGAGAUGCUGUCCAAAGCGCCAAGGGGAGCAUUCGACGUCGACCCACACCCCGACCACGGGCUAGCCAGCGAACACGAGCGCUGGCUGGCCUCGGAGCUAGGCCCCGUCUUCGUGACGCACUAUCCACUCGACCAAAAAGCGUUCUACAUGAAACGCGCCUGCUCCUCUCCCGCUACACCGACGCUGGUCGAAUGCUUCGACUUGCUCAUCCCUGCACUGGGCGAGCUCGUCGGUGGGUCGGUUAGGGAGCACCGCCCCGCGAGUCUGGCUCAGAAUCUGCGCGAUCUGGCCAAAAACAGUGGCGAGAAAGAUGCAGGUGGCAUGGACAAUUUGGGGUGGUACCUUGACGAUCUCAAACGUUUUGGCGGCAGUGUGGAGCAUGCUGGAUUUGGACUCGGGUUGGAACGGUUGCUGGCUUGGGUGAGUGAUACGGCCAGUGUGAAGGACGUUGUUCCUUUCCCUCGGGUCAAGGGUCCCAUUCGGUUUUGA